CUCCUCACUUUGCGGACGAUGCUGUCCUCCACGUUGGACUUCUUGUUGCUUCCUUGCUUGCCCAUCAGCGUGAUCUCCAGCUGACAGAAAGGCUUGGGCAAGAUGUCGCACUGCGUGAAGAACUUCCUCCACUCCACGAUGUAGGCCUUCAGCAACGCCGUGUCGUCCUGGUGACUCAACACCCGCUUAGAAACGGCACACAGCAUGGACGUCUCUGUGGACCAAUGAGGAAUGACCUUUCUUAACAAAUUCACCAUCAAUCCCUGAGCCGACAGCAGACGCAUUACAGUGAACUCACGAGAACAAGUCGAACCACUGCUGUUUGGUGACGGACUCCUGCCGCAGCAGCUUCAGAACUAUCGGACGCAUCAGCUCCCAUUUGUCCUCAAAUUGAAGAGAGCCUUUGUUCUGAAAACAGACAGGAGGGAAGUCGAUUCAAACUGUUCAUGAGCUUUUUAUGCCAAGGUUUAGCUCUCAAAGAUAUGGAAGCGCAUGAUGAGGAGGAGAGACACUGUGGGAAGUGGAGGUUUGCCUGCGGUUUGUACAGUUACAACUUGCGGGAUGUCUUCACAUGGCGUCUGCUGAAGACCAUCUUAAUGGGGCAGGUCUUGUCCCUGCUGAUCUGUGGCACGGCAGUGAGCUGUCAGUACCUGGCCGAUGCCAAGGUGGAGACGCCCAUGCUGCAGAGCUUCUUCAACUACGUCCUGCUGCUGCUCGUCUAUACGACCAUCCUCGGCACACGCAAAGGUGACAGGAACAUCUUGCAAAUUCUAAAAACGAAAUGGUGGAAGUAUUUGGUGAUGGGUCUGGCAGACGUCGAGGCAAACUAUGCAGUUGUGAAGGCCUACCAGUUCACCACGCUGACAAGUAUACAGCUGCUGGACUGCUUCGUGAUCCCCGUGCUGAUGGUACUGGCCUGGUUCUUCCUGAAGACUCGCUACAGGCUGGUCCACUUUGUAGCCGUGGCGGUGUGCUUGUUGGGGGUGGGGGCCAUGGUCGGAGCCGACAUCCUGGCUGGAAGAGACCAGGGAUCCACCAGUGAUGUGGUGCUGGGAGAUGGUUUGGUGCUGCUCAGUGCCGUCUUCUAUGCGGUGUCCAAUGUGUGCCAAGAGUACACAGUGAAGAACUUGAGCCAGAUCGAAUUCCUGGGCAUGAUGGGCCUCUUUGGGACCCUCAUCAGCGGCAUACAGCUAGCCGUCCUGGAAACUCGUGCAGUAGCGGCAAUAAAAUGGGACUUUCACAUCUCCAUGCUGUUUGCGGUCUACGCCCUGUGUAUGUACGCCCUGUACAGCUUCAUGCCUGUGGUGGUGAAGAUGACCAGCGCUACCGCGGUCAACCUCUCUCUGCUUACCGCCGACCUCUUCAGCCUCUUCUGUGGCAUCUUCCUCUUCCACUGCACAUUUUCACCGCUGUACAUCAUGUCGUUCGUCAUCAUCACUGUGGGUUUCGUCAUGUUCAACGCCGUCCCCACGUACUCUGCUUUGCCGGAGUCCGGCUCCAGCGGGGACGAGCCGGCCGAGGUGUUCGCCGACCUCACGGCUGAGAGCUCCUCGGACCAGUUACUGUCUGCAGUGCAGAGACGCUCCGAGAACUGAGAUGCCGGCUGCUGUGGCUGCGCUGUGAAGGAGGUCGCUUAAAGCUGAUCGAGUGCAACACUCCGAGGUGUGGGUUUUUGUUUUCCUCUAUUAUAGGUCACUUUGAAGAGGACUAACUUUGACAUUCUCACACAAGUACAUGUUUUCUUUCUCUCCGACAGAAAGUAAGAGUUUGCAUAGACAUAUUUUUCAUUCCUAUUUAUGUUUUUGUAUUUUUCUUUAUUAACGGGGAUCAAACGUCAUGUAAUACUCCACGUGUACUGGAUGUCGACGUGUUCAACACAAACAAUGCACUUCUAUUUAUUCUGUCAAAACAGAUGUGUUACUUCCUUUCUCCUUUUCCACAAUCGAUGUAUUUUGUAUUUUAAGAAAUACAUCAGCCGCCACUGUGUUCUGUCAUUGUUUUAACUUUGAAAACAGUCACAAAGUUGUAUUAUUGUUGCCUAUGGUGCCGUUACAAUUUUUGUUUGGUAUUCUACCAAAUAAACUGUAAAGCAUGUUGACGUGCAGAAGUUUGACUUUUUACAAUUAAAUCGAUUUUUAUAUUAA